UGCUCAGGUCUGGAGCUAGCAGUUAGCUCCGGCUAGCCGCUUCAUUUUUUCUCCCACACAUUUUGAUCCAGCAGGAUGUCAGGAUGGAGUGUGGCCCAGUUCUGCCGGACAGCCUGCUGCUGGAGAUCUUCCUGCACCUGCCGCACCGCGCCGUGCUGAGCGCCGGGCUGACCUGCCGGCAGUGGCUGGCCGUGUCCAGAGAUGAGUUCCUGUGGCGGGAGCUGUUCUACAGCUACUACCGCAUCCCGCGCUGCGUGCCGCGGCACCCAGCCGCCGUGUCGUGGUACAGGGAGUUCAAGCGGCUGUUCGACUGCAUCCCCUGCGUGGAGGUGCAGACGCUGAGGGAGCACAGCGACCAGGUGCUGCACCUGGCCUUCUCCCACCGGGGGCACCGCUUCUCGUCCUGCUCCAAGGACUGCACCGUCAAGCUGUGGGACACGGAGCGGCCGGACGGCAGCAUCUCGCUGGUGCACAGCUCCAGCAUGCGGCAGUUCAACUGGGGCUACACCCAGUUCUCCCAGUUCAACGCCGACGACUCGCUGCUGCUGGUGUCCGGCGUCUACCUCGGCCCGCACCACUCCUCCUCGGGGGAGAUCGCCGUCAUCAGCCUGGAGAACUACACGCUGCUGUCGCGCGUCCGGAACAAGCCGUACGACGUGUUCGGCUGCUGGCUCAACGAGACGCACCUGAUCUCCGGGAACCUGCACUGGAUCGGCAACAUGACGUCCUGCUCGGUGCUGUGGCUCAACAAGGCCUUCCAGGACAUCGAGUCGGAGAACGUCAACGUGGUCAAGCGGCUCUUCAAGAUCCAGAACAUCAACGCCAGCACCAUCCGCACCGUCAUGGUGGCGCACUGCCGUCGCCACGACGACCCGGACCUGCUGCUGGACUACGAGGCGCAGUCCCAGGCCCGCCGGCAGAAGGGCCAGCAGCAGCGGCAGCACCGGCCGCUCCUCUUCGACCUGGGCACCUCCGGCAGCGAGGACGACGAGGACGAGGAGGAGGAGGAGGAGCGGCGCCGCGAGGCCAGGCCCCACGCCGUCUCCGCCCCCCGGCUGCCGCAGCCGCCCACGCCGGGCCUGGAGCAAGUCAUCCACAGCCGGGCCAACGUGGGCGCCGUGGAGCUGCAGAUCGAGACGCACGUGGCCCGAGUGAUGGGCCGGGCGCACACCAAGGCGCCGGAGCCCGCCGCCGAGCCGGCCGACGCCGAGGACAAGACCUACCUGCUGUUCACCACCGGCAGCCUCACCUACUCCCCGCACCAGAUCGGCAUCAAGCGAAUCAAGCCCGACCAGAUGACCACGUCCGGCCCCGUGCUCGGCGAGGAGCGCAGCUCCGACGAGUUCUUCGACUCGCUGGACCACGUCAUCGACAUCCACGGCCACAUCAUCGGCAUGGGCCUCUCUCCCGACCACAGGUAUCUGUACGUGAACAGCCGCGCCUGGCCGGCCGGCUGCGUCAUCUCCGACCCCAUGUCGCCGCCGCCCAUCGCCGAGGAGAUCGACCUGCACGUCAUCGACCUGAAGAGCCUGAGGGAGGAGAGGCGGAGCCUGCGGGCGCACCGCGCCUUCACGCCCAACGACGAGUGCUUCUUCAUCUUCCUGGACGUCAGCAGGGACUUCGUGGCCAGCGGCGCCGAGGACAAGCACGGCUACAUCUGGGACCGCCACUACAACAUCUGCCUGGCGCGCCUGGCGCACGACGACGUGGUCAACUCGGUGGCGUUCAGCCCGGCCGACCAGGAGCUGCUGCUGUCCGCCAGCGACGACUCCACCGUCAAGGUGUGGCGCUCGCCGCGCAUGGUGCGCCUGGCCGCCGCCCCCGCCCGGCCGCCGCGGCCCCGCAACCUGCUGCCGUCCUGGCUGAGCCGCAAGAGGAGCUCCACGUCCGGCGGCGGCGGCGUCAACGGGAACCCGUGAGGGACAAGGAGAGAGAAGAAACACCAAACAGAACAGAACACCGGCGCCAUUUUCCCUCCUCUGUGGUAUGAACGCUAACACACUCCACGUGCACGAGCGGCGUGCGUGGCGCCGGGUGGCCGCCGACUCAGGGUUCAGACACCACGCAGGGGCGCCGUCGCCCCGGCGGCAGGAUUCACGGAUACGGAUGAGAGCGUCGCCGACUCCUUCGACGUAGAACCAGCUCACCCGGUCUGAGCAGGUCUGAGCAGGGCGGGGGACGCCUCGUCCUCCAGCAGGGACACACUGCUGCAGCAGAUGGACGUCUGGUCCCCUGUGGCCCCGCUGACCCCCCGCUGACCCCCCGCUGACCCCCCGCUGACCCCUCCUGUGUGUAGAGUCCAGCCGGACGCCUGCCUGUGAUCGGACCUCCGGUGUUUUGUGUAGAAAUGUGUUUUAAACCCUUCAGAGCUGCAUCGUCCUUUGAUUUAGUCCCGUCGGAGAAACGCUUGUUUACUGAACUUUUUAAAUUAACGGAUCGUUUCCUUCAUAAAGACGCCCGACCGAGGCUUCCGUCGGUUCUUACGGAGCUCUCAGCAGCGGGACGACUUGAGCACGAGAUGGCGGUCCUCGUUCUGCAUCAUAUCACCGUCAUGUGCAGAAGGUUCACGUCGAUGUCCUGAUGACUCAUCAGCCACAAUGAAAACUUGAUAUUUCUGAUUUGAUUUUAAGUCUUUUUAUGUUCUAUUCCGCUGGAUUUAAACGUAUAAAGCAUGAAAAUCAAAACAGUUUCUGCAGAUUUUGUUUAAGCUGUCGUCCAUAUUAUCAUCAUUACAUAUUUUAACAAACGCUUGAAACUUGUCUCCAGGAGUAUCAGGCAGAACAAGUCCUUUUUUAAUGUCCAGAUGUGUUUUCUGUUUUCUGUAAAACCCGGGUGAGCCUGCCAGUCCUCACUGAGGGCUGAUAAAACACACGGACCGCUCAUUAUUCCUGCUCAGGUCGUCCUGCUGCCGCAGCUUCGUAUUUCCGUCCGUGUUGAAGUGCGAGUCCGUCCGUCCCGCCGAGACGUUUCCAUGCUCCCUGUUUGAUGGUUGUCGUUUUCCUCCAUCCUUCACACCUGCUCCUCCGACUUGCUUUCUUCCUGUCUUUGUUUUUUUCUUUUUUUAAAUGUGCACAUUAGUGAUGUUACAUGACUUUAUUUAUGUCGUUUUCUGCCCUGUGAGGACGGUCGACACGCCGUCUGGAAGACACCUUUCGUUUGUUUUUAAAAUGACGGCACAAGUUUCCCAUUUGUUGAAAUGUUGAUCUGCUGUACAGCAAAUAAACACUCUGAGUGAACCGGCGGCGU